ACUGCCAUUUGAAAACAACAUGGCCACUUCUGUUGUUCAUUCUUCUGUGUGUAUCGUUGUUUUCUUUUCCAUAGUUGCCCUAAUCCCUGCUUCGUCAGGACAGUACCCUACUUCGUCAGGACAGUACCCUAGUACUUCCGGUAAUUGCUACCCAGCUUAUACGUCAGGAACAUCACUAACUCCUGAUUAUUACCAAUUCACUUGCCCAGGUAUAUUCGAUAUAGUCAGAGAUAUCGUCCAGAAGGCAAUCGAUUGCGAUCGCCGGAUGGGGGCGUCUCUUCUCCGCCUCCAUUUUCAUGACUGUUGGGUCAACGGUUGCGAUGGAUCGGUUUUGUUGGUUAACACAGCCUACUUCGUCGGUGAGCAAUCGGCUAUUCCCAACAUUAAUUCACUAAGGGGAUUUGACGUGGUUGCUGCUAUAAAAUCUGCGUUAAACAAGAAAUGCCUAUGUGGCAAUGUGGUUUCAUGUGCCGAUAUCUUAGCUAUUGCAGCUAGCCAAUCUGUUGAAAUUUUGGGAGGUCCAUGCUACCAAGUAUUGCUAGGCAGAAAGGACUCAUUAACAGCAAGUGAAGCGGCCGCAAAUGCUGACCUCCCAUCCCCAUUUGCCAGCAUCGCAUCCCUCCUCGCUAACUUCGCAGCUAAAGGUUUCGGGAUACAAGAGUUGGUUCCCCUCUCCGGCGCCCACACCAUUGGCCGUGCACGGUGCGGCACUUUCAAGAGCCUGCUUAACGAUAAUGAAACUAACGCCGCUUUCGCAGCCGGAUUGGAAGAGAAUUGCUUCGCUAUCGCGGCCGCCGGAGGCAACUACACGGUUCCACUCGACAACACCACAACCGUGUUCGACACGGUGUAUUUCCAGAUGUUGAAAGAGAAAAUGGGUCUGCUCCAUUCGGAUCGAGAGCUGUAUUACGGGGGUAACCAGAAGAGCGCGGAUUUGGUGAUGUCCUACAGCAGCAACCAGGCCGCCUUUUGGGCGGAUUUUGCGUCCGCCAUGAUCAAGAUGGGAAAUUUGCCUCCUUCUAGUCCCGAUGGACAAAUCAGAUGCAACUGCAGCAUACCUAAUUAUCCCUAUCCCCCAAACAGCCUCUUAAACUUUCUACCUUCAAUUUGUCCCUUCACCCAUUUUACUUGUCCCAGCAGCCCCCUAGUUAGUUUGUCCAGUUUGUUCAAUAUUGGAACUCCUCCAACUUAUUGCUCCUCCCCCGUAACUAGUUCUUCCUAUCCCGGGACUAGUUCUCCCGAUCCCUAUCCCGCGACUAGUUCUCCCUCUACUGGGACUGCAUAUCCCCCGACUUAGUUUUCUCGGUCCUCGAAUUCCAACUGGUUAAACAGACACGAUGGUUACUAUCAAAACGUUUUGAGUUCUCAAAAAAUACCGAUCACUUUCUUUGAGAUUUUGUGAGAGUGGAAUUUCCCCAUUAUUUAUAAUUGAUUAUAUAGUAUAGCACAUCACAGCUGCAUCUUGUUUACCAGCCAAUUGCAUGGAAUAAUCUCUUCUUUUCCUGCUUCUGCAGAUUGUAUUAUCAUAUUGUUUAAUGUUGAUCACGUAAUUUGUGAAGCUGAAAUACUUUUGUUGUAUUAAUAUCAUUUCUAGAUAUCAUGAAUAAAACAAGAUUUACUUUCCUA